AUGUAUCGCACCAACGAUCCCCGAUUCCGCCGCCGAUUGAAUGAAAUCGGCCAGACGCUCGAGUCGGCCAAUGAAACCGCGCAGUCGUCCCUCUAUAUUUUCGGACAAAAGUAUGUGCGGCCGUGUUUUGCGAGUAUUGGGGAUUGCGUGACGGGAUGCGUGGAUGCUAGUUGUCCGCGAGGAGGGGAUCGUGUGAGGAGGCAGAAGAGGAGAAGCACGAGGGUUGAUCGUGCAGAAGUGAGUUUUGAUUUCUAUGAUGAUUGGGAUGAGGAUGAGACGGAUGGGUUGUUGGGGUGGGGGAAUGAUGAGUUUGAUAGGCUUGUUGGUGGCGGUGGUACGGGAGGUGGGUAUGGGACUGUUGCGGCACAGACUACGACUUCGAGUCAGCCAGGCCGGCAGAGGGGAAUGAGUUAUCCAAAAGGGAAGAGGAGGAGUGUGGAUGCUGGUGGGGAUGCGACGAUUAUACAGAGUGGGAACAAUGGGUUUUGGGGGAAGUUGUUUGGUGGGAAGCCUUUGAAGUAUCAUCCCAGUGCUGCGGACUUGCAGGACCAUCCUGGGACGAGGAGGUUGGCGAGGGAUAUCACUGAGGGUGAGGCAUUGCUGGAGGAGAGUGGAGAGGAUGAGGAGCGGAUGAGACGGACACAGCGGAGAGCGAGGAGUGGAACACAGGCUUCACAUGAGACUGCUAGCAGUUAUAGCAGUCGUGGGGAUCUGUUCCCGUCUGAUAAUGAGGACGACGCGAUUCCUCUGGAUGAUGAAUUCGCCAUGGUAUUGGAACGACGGACCACACAAUCUGGAAUGGAUACCGAAAACAGCUCCAACAAAACAACAGGAAACAAACGCGGCAAGCGGCCGAGUACUGGAAGUAGGACCUCUACACGGCGUACCUUUUCCUCCCGAAGUUCGAAGAGUGGCAGAAAAGGACGCAGUCGGACGAACAGCUCUUUGGCGCCUGCCAUGAUAGACGAGGCAUCCGUUGCGGCUAUGAGUGAAGCUGUUGCAAUGCAAGACGAUGCCUUUGCCAAAGAGGCCAUGCACUCUUCCACUAUCUCCGAAGCGCCACUCUCCAUGAGCGAGCUCGAACAGCAGGAACGGGAUUUGGAGCUCGAGGAGGAAGCGGCUGUGGAAAGAAAACGASAGGAAGCAAUUCAAGCUGCUGUGGAGAGGGGACUCACUAUUCCGUCGAGUCUGAGUCGACCUGUGAGUCCAGGAAAUGAUGGACCGCAAGUGACAGCCUCGACGGAGGAACCAAGCCAGCUUCCUACGCCUCUUGGUACGGACGACGAAGAUGGCGGCUCGCCUACGGUUAAUGAUGCAGCAGACCCUCCAAUCGAGGGUAAAGGCGUUGACGGCAGUGAUUGA